AUGCGAAAACUAGGCGAAUAUCAGAUGGAAUGGUUCCAAGGAUGGACCAACUCCCCCUGUAACACAUCUGAGGCUGAAUUCGGGCAAACUUCUCUACCUGAAUGGCGUCGUGGAGGGCCAACGAGUGAGAGCAAUGGCGGCAACAACCGAGCCGUAAACUUGGGUGCCAUCACCACUGCCGUGCUUAACCACAGUGGUCAUGCCCAAGUGUACUGGCAUCUCCGUGGACUAUUCGAUCCUACUGGGGCUUCCACAUUCAGCGAGAACCAAGGCAAUCCCUUUUCAAUAAUAGAUUACGUCCCAGUGAGGCGUUGGGGUGGGGCCAGGGCACAUGACUACGGAGGCAGCGGCAGAAUAACCAAGAGGCCCGUCCGCAAGGCACCUGGGAAUGGGAACGUUAGACUAAAAGAGAGCGUGCUACGCCUCCUAGCUUGGAUACCAAACCACGGGAAGGCUAAGAAAAUUUAGACAAAAGCGGACCAGCGACACACUAUUAUAGGAUCUCGCAUGGUCAUGAACUCGUGGACGUGCGGGUGCUGUGGUAAAAGCCUAGUUUACGCGAUACAU